AUGGCUCAGAACCCAGGCAUGCUCUACGUGACGAUGCAGCCCAAGCCGGGCCUGUCCCUCGACCAGUUUCACGAGUGGUACAACAACGAGCACGGCCCAACUCGCCUGCGGCUCCCCCAGAUAUUCAGCAACGGCCUGCGCUACGCAGCCACGGACGCCGAGCAGCCGCACUUCCUCGCGGCCUACGACGUCACCUCUAUGCACCACCUCGACACCCCGACAUACACCUCCCUGCGCGAGAACAGGAGCCCCCGUGAGGCCCAGACUAUUGGCCAGGUCGACGUCAAGCGCUACUUCUACGACCUUGUCUCCGAGCGCAAGGCGCCUUCCUUCCGGCCUAUUGAGCAGCUUGCAGACGGCGAGGCUGAGGGCCAGGUAUUGGUGGCUGUUGAGAACACCGUGACUGCCGUGGAGGGGGCUGAGCAGGCACUGGACAAGUGGUACGAGGAGGAACACAUCCCGAUGUUGUCCAAGGUGCCCGGCUGGCUGCGUACGCGCCGCUUCCGGACGGCCACCAGCCUGGACAAGGAGGCGCCCCUCAAGUACCUCAUCCUGCACGAAUAUACUAAGGAGAACGGGCUGGGGGGGCCCGAGUACAAGGCUGCCACGAGCACCAAGUGGAGGGAGGAAAUCUUCGAGAAGGUCAUAGCCAGCAAGCACAGGAGGACGUACUCGCUCUUCUACGUGUUCGGGCCAGGGCCGAGAGACCUCGCCUCCCUAGCCAAGCUGCCGGCAGAAAAGGCAUUUGUGUCCUCCGACGCCAGGAUCAGGACAACGCCUCAUAACGGCAAGCCUGUACUGCAAGCCUUCAUCCCCGUCAAGGAUGGUCUCUCGAUCCCCUAUCAGCUAGAGGGAAAUCCAGAUCCCAAGGCGCCCACCAUCGCCUUCUGCAACUCGCUUCUCACGUCCUUGCAAAUGUGGGAUCCCCUGGUGGAUAUACUGAAGGAGGCCCGGCCCGAGUUCCGCAUCCUGCGGUUCGACACUCGGGGACGCCAUACAGUUCCCGAGCCCCCAGUCGCAGUGACUCUGGAUAUGGUGUCCGACGACCUGGCAGCAGUGCUAUCGGCCCUGCGAAUCGAGAAGCUGCACGCACUCAUAGGCGUCAGCAUGGGCGGCGCCAGCACCCUCAAGUUCGCGCUGAAAUAUCCAGGCAAGGUGGACCGUUUCAUCGCCUGUGACUUUAAUGUUAAUAGCUCCGAGGCCAACACGCAGGCCUGGAAGGACCGCAUUGCCGUGGCCGAGUCGGUCGGUGAGGACGGCACCCCGGGCAUCAGGAAGCUGGCGGCCAUGACGGUCGAGCGCUGGUUCCACCCGCACACCAUGACGGCCAAGAUCAAUGUCGCGAGCUGGAUGACGGAGAUGGUGGCCGACAACGAUAUUCAGGGGUUCAGGUACGGCUGCCAGGCACUGUGGGACUACAAUAUGCGCGGGGAGCUCAAGGGCUGCACGGUCCCGGGCCUCCUAGUGGUUGGUGAGGGUGACGGGAAGGGCGCGCUGGUCAAGGCAAUGGAGAGUUUCAAGGACAGCGUGGGUGAGAAGGGCGCGGAGCUGAAGAUUGUGCCUGAAGCAGGACAUCUGCCCAUGUGCGAGAGCCCACAGGGCUUCUGGGACGCCAUCAGUGGGUUCCUGUAA